CUUCUCUCUAAACCUCCCAGAAUCAUUUCCUCCUCCUUCUCUCUUCAUUCUUCACCUUCAAAUCAUCAACCCAUCUUCAACCACAACUAAUCACUUCCUUAUCCAAGAUUAAGUCAAGAUUAGCACCAAAGCUUCAAGGAUUGUCAUCUAUCACAAGAGGGAAUGCGUGUGGCUGCAACUAUGAUUCAACACAUCCAAAAUGAAUGCGGUAUAAAGCCUAUUACUUGUCGCCCGACUGUGAUCUAUGAAGACAACACCACAUGCAUAGCUCAAAUUAAAGAGGGCUAUAUCAAAGGAGACAGAACAAAACACAUAUCACCAAAAUUCUUCUCUACUCAUGAUCUGGAGAAAGAUGGGACGAUCAACAUUCAACAGAUCAGAUCAAGUGAAAAUCCAGCCGAUCUCUUCACCAAAUCUUUACCCCCGAAGAAGUUCACAGAACUUGUACAGAAAAUCGGCAUGCACCGCCUUCAAAAUUUAUGUUAAUUUCAGGGGGAGUAUUUGAAUGCACUGCACUCUUUUUCCCUUCAUCAGGUUUUUAUUCCACUGGGUUUUUCCUGAUAAGGUUUUUAACGAGACAGUACAUCCAAAUACAACGACAUAUAACAAAAUAACUAUUGAAGGAUGAACAUUCAAGGGGGAGUGUUGUAAAAUCCUGAGAAUAACAUGUGUGUGAAUUAUUCAUCCUUGUAAGCAGCAUACUCAUUAGGACACCAAGCUUUUCCUGAUCCUUGUAAUGAUCCUUGUAACCUAGUUAGAACAGGUGGUUUAAUAUGCUAUUGCCACCAAAUCUGUAGACUCAUCAAAUAAGUGACUCAUCAUCAAGCUCAACCAGUACAAAUAGUGGCUUGAUGAGGUCUUGUAAAUUAAUUCAAGCAAUUUAGAGAA